AUGAGACACGUGCGACAUGUUGUCGCGUUAAGUUACGACCAGGCGGACUGCCUUUCCACGAAAAGCGUCUUACCGAUCGCAAGGCCCUCGUGUAUCCGUCUCAGCCUCAUCCUUCGAGAGCCUAGCAAGGUUUACGAGCUUGGACUCUCUUCUUAUUGUCCGCGCCAAGUCUUAAAGAUUUCACUGUUGACGCAACCGCUCGACUAUUCUCGAGAGCAUGAAUGCGUACUGGUCGGAGAAGCCUCAGCUUAUCGAAUCGACCGCACCUCAAUUGAACAGUGUCGCGGGCAGCCUCGUGAGAAGAAAGCGGAGAACCCCGGUUUCAAAACCUCAGGGCUGCGAUUUAUUAGGCGAACGGUCAUUAAGCAUAUUUCGACAACGUCGCUGGUCAUAACGAACGUUGUGCUAGUUGUUGGCAGAGAGAGACUGGUCACUGACUUUGGGCCAGUGAAACGCGCCCAAUCCUUCCAUUCUCAAUCUUCCAAGGAUCCUGAAGGAUGGGGAAUUGAACUUGAAACAAACGCUUCCAAUCUCCGUGUCCUCGUUAUUUCACAGCCUACCCCCAAAUGGAGUCCGAAACGCAGUCUUGUUGGCUUGGCGAUAUGUUACAGUAAGGUGUGGCGUGGUUUCGUGCGUGAUGUUUUUCGCGGGAAUGGCCCCAAUGGGGAAGGAAGCUAUACCCUUUCCGGCUUGCGACUGAGCAGACCAGGAACCUUCAUGCGCGAUCUGAUGAAGUGGAAUGUUGAAGCCAACACUGCCAACAAAGACUCACCAGUCUUGAGCACGCAAACCGACUUCUUUAAACGCCUCCCAACUCCCAAGAUGUUUGCCGUGAAGGGGUUACAGGUCCUUUCAGUUCUUCUUCCUCUCGCUCACUCUGCCGUUGUUCCCCGUGAAGUAGUUCCUAGAGAGGAGGUUCACGUUGAUGCAAUCCGCCUCAUGAAAUGCGCCAAUCUCUUCACCGUCAAGGCUGGAAUUGGAGGCUGGGAGCAGGGCCAGGCAGCGUACUGGGAGCGAGAAACCGACUUUACGGCGCAACCUACCGAUCGCGUUAUUUUUGAGAUGGUAAGCCUGAUGCCCCUCCGUAGACGGUAUGGAAUAUCUUUCGCUAACUGA